AUGGGGAACGAUAAUGAAGACCCUAUCUAUCCUCCGUGCUUUGCUUCGAUAAACACUCAACCACAAUCGAGGUGCAUCCACGAACGGUAUCCGUCACUAUUAAGCCCCAAAGAAUACCGUGCCAAUGCCUCGACACCAAUAAACAUUCCUAUAGGAUCGUGCUCUAAUCCUGUGGAUAAUCCAGCUAAUCCAUUUGUCCCGGACCUUGAUGACAUGGCAGAAAUGGAGAAAGGAAAAGUAGAUAUGGUAAAACAACUCGAUAGUCAGUGCAAAUGGCUUGAGGAAAAAUUCAAAGCAAUGGAAGCUGCUGAUUACUGUGGCGGGAUCGAUGCCAAGGACUUAAGCUUAGUCCCAGAUCUGAUGCUCCCACCAAAAUUUAAAACCCCGGAGUUCGAAAAGUAUAACGGGACGAGCUGCCCUGAAGCUCAUAUUAUGAUGUUCUGUCGAAGGAUAACAGGGUAUGUUAACAAUGAUCAGCUGUUGAUCCACUGUUUCCAGGACAGUCUGAUCGGAGCUGCGGUCAAGUGGUAUAACCAGCUCAUCCGUGCCCAAAUUGGUUCAUGGAAGGACUUGGCUCAAGCUUUCAUGAAACAAUAUGGUCACGUGACGGACAUAGCUUUUGAUGUAAUCACCCUACAAAACAUGGAAAAGAAGCCGAGUGAAACCUUCAGACAAUAUGCACAACGGUGGAGGGAAAUAGCGAUGCAAGUCCAGCCACCCCUCUUGGAGAAGGAAACGACCAUGCUAUUUAUUAACACUCUAAAGGCCCCAUUCAUUAACCACAUGUUAGGAAGUGCUACUAAAAGCUUCUCGGACAUAGUAAUGUCCGGAGAGAUGAUAGAAAAUGCAGUAAGAUGUGGGAAGAUUGAAGCGGGGGAAAAUGCCAAGAGAACGGCUCCAAGAAGGAAAGAAAAUGAGGUGAACAAUGUGAGCGCAUAUCAUAAGGGUUAUUCCAAGCCGGUCACAGUAAACCAGCUGAGGGCAGUGACUACUAGCCAUCAGGGUUCCGCGAGUCAAGAUUCCAACCCAAGGCCUAACACGGAAAAAGUCCAGUUCACGCCAAUCCCAAUGACGUAUAGGGAGCUUUACCAGAACUUGUUCGAUGCGCAUGUAGUGUCUCCCUUUUACCUAAAACCCAUGCAACCUCUAUUCCUAAAGUGGUAUGAUGCAAAUGCGCAAUGCGAAUACCAUGCAGGAAUUGUGGGGCACACAAUUGAGAACUGCACGGCCUUCAAAAAAUUAGUCGAAAGGUUCAUAAAUAUGGGCAUUGUGAAGUUCGAUGAUCCCAUAAAACCUAAUGUGGUGGGAAACCCAUUACCCAGUCAUUCAGACAAUGGGGUAAACGCGAUAAGCGAAAGUGGAGGAAGGAGAACUAAGAUAGACGUAUCGGAGGUAAAGACCCCGUUGAAAUGGGUUUGGAAGAAAAUGGUGGAAGAAGGUUUACUUAUACAAGGUUUAGAGGAGAAGCCUAAAGGAGGGAAGUACUAUUGUGAAUUCCACGACGAGGAAGGGCAUGAGAUCCAAAAGUGCAAUGAAUUUAGGGCUCUAGUACAGAGAUUGAUAGAAAAUAAAGAGAUCGAAUUCUUUGAGUACACCGAGGGCCCGAAGGAAGAAGAUGUCUGCACAUCAGAGCAAGGGCCGACCAACAAUGUCCGAGGGGUCAAUCAUCCGGUCGUAAUUAUAUCCCGACCAAGAGUCAAUGAAGUCGGAGUACCAAUUACGCCAAAGAAUUACAACUGCAAUGUAACGAUCCUGGGAGGGGAGAAUCCAAUUGUCGCUUUGGAGAAAGGUCAAGACGAGGGUUUCUAUACACGCAGCGGAAGGCGUUAUACUCCGAACACAAAGGCAGAAUCAGCUAAAGGAAAAUCCGUGGUCAUUGAACAAGAAAAGGAAAAGACGACCAGACCUGAAUCACCCGUCAAUGAGCUUGUAACUGAAAAAGAGGCUAAGGAAUUCUUAAAAUUCUUAAAACACAGCGAGUACAGCGUUGUGGAGCAAUUACACAAACAUCCAGCUCGUAUAUCCGUACUAGCCUUGCUAUUGAGUUCAGAUACUCACCGAAGUGCAUUGAUGAAUGUUUUAAAUGAAACAUAUGUUGCGGAUGACAUCUCUGUCAACAAACUUGAUCGCCUAGUCAAUAACAUCAGCGCAGAUAAUUUUAUUUUCUUUAAUGAUGAUGAAAUACCACCGGGAGGCAUGGGAUCUACAAAGGCCCUACACAUUACCACUCGCUGCAAAGGAUACACAUUGCCAGGGGUAUUGAUUGAUAAUGGAUCGGCAUUGAAUGUUAUGCCCUUGUCCACGUUAAAUAGGUUGCCAGUGGAUAACUCUCACAUGAAGACAUGUCAAAAUGUCGUGAGAGCAUUCGACGGUACGGAAAAAAAAGUGAUGGGAAGGAUUGAGAUACCUCUCUUGAUUGGCCCAAAUACAUACGAGGUAGACUUCUUGGUAAUGGACAUCAAGCCAUCAUACAAUUGCCUGUUGGGGAGACCGUGGAUUCACUUCGGGCAAAGCGAUCUGUCGUCCCUACACCAAAAGUUGAAGUUGGUAAGCGAGGAAACAAGAUCCCAAAGACCUAGAAUAUCCAAAACCACAAGGAUGGGCAUACGAUUAAGCUGUUGGCAAAGGAGCUUUGCGGGGAAAGGACUUGGAAGAUGCCUCCAAGGAAGGAUCGAGGUACCGGUGUUGAAGGAAAACGAGACCGCUUUGGCUUAG